CUUACAUGAUCUCAUGUUGCCACUGCUUCAAGCACAUAACUAUACCAAAUCCUAAAGAGAUCGAAAUGUAGGUGGGGUCAUUAAUGCAAUUAAUUAACAAACCCGUGAUAUACAAACAAAAGCGUUGCAUAUUCAUCCAUAUUUUAUAUCACAUCUACUCCUUUCUCAGAAAUUUCUUCCUCAGACUUCCCCUGCGAUCUCUUCAACAUCCUUCUCAAGCUGUGGUAACCAAAUACAUGUACGUAGUGAAGGAAAUUGAAGAGCAUGGAAAGUGACCAGGUGACAACCAAGGACAUGAGAGUUCAAACGCCACCAUCUAGGAUUGAGGUCGUGUCAGGUGCUGCGGUGGAGCUUCAAGGCGCUUCUAAUUUCGGACAAGCUGGCCUUCAGAGACAACCUAGCAUGACCAAGACCAAUUGUCUAUGUUCUCCAACCACACAUGCCGGUUCCUUUCGUUGCAGACUUCACCGCACCCCUAGUCUUCCCAGGACCAAAAGCAUGGAAUCAGAGGCAUCCGCGGUUCAUUCUGUUGCUGAUGCUAACAAGGAUCCACUUCAUUGACUGUUCAAUAUUAUUAAUCUGUUAUAUACAUAUAUAUAGUUACUUGUUUGUUUGUGUUUACCUGAGUCAUGUAUUUUGCCACGCUAUCUAUUUAUGAUCGCCAAUGUAAAGAUGUUUGUCGUGGAAAUGUAUAAUUAAUUUUACUCUAUUUAAAUGUCAUGUCAACGAGUUGGGAUCAUUUUCGUUCA